UCAGUCCUAUUCGAAACGCGAUAGCAAACGGUUGUGUGCUCUCGUCCCACUGCCACCGAAAAAAAGGUGUUUAAAUUGAAUCUGCACAAGUUUAAGUCGAAAAUCGAACUCGCGGUACUUUAUAAUUAAUAGUGAAUUGAAUUGAAGUCACUGAGGAAACCGCUAGAGAGAAAUCAACUCUAAAAUACUUUGAAACAGAAGUGUUAGUAAAGUGAAAGUAAACAACUAUCAUUCUGAAACCAAACCAAACCUUCCGUAAGUUUUCGGGCUUUUUAAACCGGCAAACCAAAUCGCGGUUCGGGAUUUCGGUUAUAAAAACUGCUCCUCUCGCGUCGUCCCUUUACCGUUUUUUGGCACCUACGCGCGCUCUCUCGCUUCGCCAAAAAUUUUCCGCUCUCUCGCGAAAUACCGUUGGGCCUACACCGCUGGGCAAGAUUCUAGCACCAUCAAACUGGCGCAUACACAUUGCCAUAAAUUGUGAUUAACCACAACGCAACCGAAAGCGACAGCAAGACGAAGAUUUUUAAUUAAAUUAAGAGUGAAAAAUACCAGCAGCCGCAACAACGGCACCAAACGUAAACAAUCAGCGCCGGCAAAUUAAAUAUUUAAAUAUUUGCACUCGGAAAAUUGUGCGGCAUUUUAAAUUAGGACUCCCAGGCGGUGCAGCAUCGCUGGGCAUACUAAAGUGACAUAUCCCGUGCUCCAGUGAUCCCCAAACAUAAGCAAACGCCAUAGACGGUGUGUGUGCCAAGCCAAAACACAGCCAUUAAUAAAGCGAGGAAAGGCAAAUAAACAAUCGGGUCAAAGUGCUUAGUCAGGCUAAAAGAGCCAAAAAUCCGACAGGAAACAAUAAUCCGGAAAUUUUGGUGCGAGGCCACAUGCCCUUGUCGUCGCAUCGAUUGGAAUUAAAACGGACGUCGGCCAAAACAAAUAGCCAUCAGCUAUAAAUUUACAAACGCCCCAGGAAAAUGCAUUGCAGCAAAACAAGCAAUUAAAGCAGUGCAGCCCCGCAACCACGAACCGAACCUGUAGCAGUAUCCUAGUAUCCUGGUAGCGUCGUAUCCUGCCGCCGCCUGCUGUGCUAAAAACCUAUUUUGAAUAAUUAAAAUUCCGUAAGUGCUGCAGUCGAAGACGUCGACAAAGGCGAGUGCUGCUUGGUGCAAUUUCAGCUGUGGAGUGGUAACAGAAGAAAUCGCAGGACAACAGCAAGGAGCUACCAUUGCUCGCAACACAAUCUGCGGCCUGCAAAUUCGUGUGCAGCAAUGAAAUAAUUAAUUCAAUGCACCUGACUAAGUUGCCGACCAGAAGUAGCAGCAGCAGCAGCAGAAUUGCUUACAAAUUCGAGUGCCACAGCAACAGCAAGCAAAACAGCAAGACCGGCAAAAUGGCCGCAGAAGCGAGGACAAUUAGCAAGCCGGGACAUAUCCGCGAUCGCCGGGUGGGGAGCCUGCCCCACAUCCUGUUCCUGGCCAUCGCAGUGGUGUCCCUGCACUUUGAGAGCGUGUCUGCCCAGAGCAUGAUGACCAAGAACGAGCCCAUGUUCAUAUCACGUUCGGAGACAUUCAAAUUCAUCACCGGCGAGACAAUAGUGCUGCCCUGCGAAGUUGCCAACACGGACACGUACGUUGUGGCCUGGAAGCGCGGAAUAGCCAUAUUAACCGCCGGAUCCGUGAAAGUUACGCCUGAUCCCCGAGUGCGUUUGGUCAAUGGAUUCAAUCUGCAGAUACGCGACGCCCUGCCCACGGAUGCCGGCGAUUAUAUCUGCCAGAUUGCCACUAUGGAUCCACGUGAAAUCACCCACACGGUCGAGAUACUCGUGCCGCCGAGGAUUCAUCACAUUAGCACCGGUGGACAUUUGCAAGUCAAGAAGGGCUCGUCGGUGCGCAUCGAGUGCUCGGCCACUGGUAAUCCAAUGCCGAAUGUGACUUGGAGCCGCAAGAAUAAUAUUUUGCCCAACGGCGAGGAGAAGCUCCACUCGCACGUCCUCUCCAUCGAGAAUGUGGAUCGGCACAAGGGCGGCGUCUACAUAUGCACGGCCAACAAUCGCGUGGGCCAGCCCGCUUCCAGCCAGGUCGUGCUCCAUGUCCUGUUUUCGCCGGAAAUCUCCGUGGAGCGUCCUGUGGUCUUCUCCGGCGAAGGGCACGAGGCCACGCUGGUCUGCAUCGUCCACGGCGAAACACAGCCUGAGGUAAUUUGGUUCAAAGACACCAUGCAAUUGGAUACCACGGAGCGGCACAUCAUGGAGACGCGGGGAUCAAGGCACACGCUGAUUAUACGCAAAGUGCAUCCGCAGGACUUUGGCAACUACUCCUGUGUGGCGGAAAAUCAGCUGGGAAAGGCACGCAAGACCCUCCAGUUGAGCGGAAAACCGAACGUGGCCGUUUUUAAUUCACCGCCAAUCAGUCAGUACAAGGACAGAUACAACAUCUCCUGGGCCGUCGACUCGCACUCUCCCAUCGAGGAGUACAAGCUGUCCUUCCGCAAGUUGCCGCAAGGACACGAGGUCGUUGGCAAUGCCAUCGACUCGUCCUCCUCCUCCUCGUCGAUGUCCUCCUCCUCGUCCCAGAUGUACGGCUCUGGGCUACAUGCGCAUCGGAUUGGCAGCAACAUGGGCGGACUGUCCGGACUGUCUGGCAGCGGCAGCUACUCCGGCUACGGCAACGUGAUUCACUGGGGCCACAACGACUGGCGCAACGUCGUCCUGCCGGCAGUUCCCGUUUCGCACCACUACGCCCAGGGCAUGAGCUACAUGGUACGCGGCCUGGAUCCCGAUCAGCAUUACGAGGCCACCGUGCAGUCCAGGAAUCGAUACGGAUGGAGCGAUUUGACCAACAGUUUCGUCUUCUCCACAUCAUCAAAUGAUGGACCUGUCGAUCUGUCAACAUUUUUGAAUCACGGUCUGUCAGAUAACGAGAUGAGAGAUCUGAGCGUCACCUUCUACGGCAGCAGCGCCAUCAACCGACAGAAACUGGGCCUUCUGGCCCUGAGUUCCGCCACUUUGGCUCUGAGCCUGCUCGUGGCCUAAUUGCUUUCCAAUUCGACCUGAGUUACGAAUUUCACCGCCAAUAGCACAGUAAAGUGAAUCGAUUGACUUUGAUCUGGGAUAGUCGAACGGAGAUUGGACAGCAAGGAUACCCAAGGAUACCCAAGGAUAUCGCGGUCCUGCACAACACUCUUAGUCGUUUAUGAUAGCCUAAGCGAUGAUCCACAUAGGCAUAAGCAUUUCUCAAUGUUCGACUCGAAUUUCUCAAGCAAAUUUAGUGAAUUAAUCAAGAAACGCAAAACGGAACCAUUCAUUAUACAUGUAACAAUCAAUGUAAAAGAGCAUGCAACUGUUCAAACUAGGACCCAUAAAACAUUCACUACACCCACUCACAGCCACAUUUGCCGACCAUUCCAGCACUCAAAAAUAAGUAAAGAAAACCCACUGUACAUAGAUUUUAUUGCAUACUCCUAGGUAUAAACUGCACCAAAGAAAUAGUCACUCGACGACCGAAAAAAAAUACAUUUAAAUAUAACUAGUAUGUACUGGAUGAUGGCCACAGAUGAGCCGGGGGUUAAGCUACCGGCGUCACGGCGGUGUGUGGAGUACUUUGUAGCAUUUUGCGGAUAGUUAAUUUAAUUAAUACAUAAAUGCAUAAACUAAUUAUUGGAUACGGCACUGCCACUGCGCGCCACACCAUGCGUUUUAGUCAAAUUCAAAGUCCCCCAGUACUCCAACUAAUUUGCAGCAUUCGAGACGGAGUGCAUUUGAAUGGCUUACAGCAGACAGCGUUUUCUAGCUUUUUGCAAUUUGUAUGUAUGUAGCGCUAAGUAGCUUAAUUGACCGCAUAAAUGCAAUUAAAUUAGUCAACAGACCUAUUGAUUUGGUAUGUAAAUUAAUCGACACACGAAAAUGGCAGCGUAUAGAAGCUUCCACAUGGCUAUUGGAUUACAAUUAGUGCGUAAGUGUAAAUAAAUAUGAUUGAUGAUGGCUAACAGUAAAUACCAGUGAAUCGCAAACAGUAAUAACUAUAAAUAUAUAUAUAUAUAUAUAUAGAAAUUCCCGAACUUGCCGGGCUUUAACUCAGACACCGAACAGUGGGUGUGGCCAAGGUUGUUUUAUGUAAAUAUAGUGCACCACAGUCAUUCGAAAUCUCAUGAUAUAUGUACUUACAGUUCGAUACUCGUAUUGUUGCUUCAGAACGCAAAUGGCACCUUUCUCGUUUGGUUUUCCGGCACCCUCGAAUUAUCCUUUUUGGCAAUCCGAAACCAAAGACCAGAAGACCGGACAGAAAUCGCACCCCUUAGAUGCAGUCACACGUAUGAGCUAGAGUUUAAGUGAAUAUUGUAAUGAGAUUAACGACAAUGACGCCUACAUAUAUAAAUAAAUGUAUAGGAGAGUAAUAUUUAAUUAAUUACAAAACUCAGCCACAUACAAGAUACGCAUUCUGCUUUUCUAGAAUUAAAUGAGGUGGUUAAAUAACCAAAUAAAAAAAACUUAGCAUAGAGCCAUAUGUGUAAUUAAUACUGCUGUCGAACGAUUGGCCACACAAAGCGAAAAGUGAAUUACAGUAAAGUAUAAUUUGUGUUAAUGUGAAUGUAAAUGGAUGUGCAACAAGCGAUACAAUUAAUAUUACAAAACGCCACAGAUAACGUUAAAUCCCUAAAGUUCCCAAAUUUCCCAGGCCCCCAAAUCAUCAAUUCCCCCAACCGAUUCCCACUCAAAGUUGCUUUGGUCCGGCGACUGGAGCCCAUCGAUAAGUUAGCUAAAUGAUGAUGAGAUGAUGACGAUGAAGUCGGUUCUCAGUAUAUAUAUAUACACCUGAUAUAGCGAUCGAGCCGUUACUUGUAUGUGUAAUUUACAGCUUAGUUAUAGUUAUCCGAUUUUGUUAAAUGCAAAAAGAAAUACCAAAUCUACUUUAACGUAAUUAUAAAUGCUAACCCACACCAGAACAUUUUCGGUAUUGAAUGUAUAUGUGACUAGAAACCGUAUGUGUAUGUAUAUUUGAUUAUUUUGUAAAAUUUUUCAAAAACUAUAAAUAAAGUCUAUAUUACCAUAUUAAUGUA